AUGCUAUCUUCCACACCAAAACCAACUAGCAAACUCUUAUCAAUUGAAGAGGAAAUGCUCUUUACCAAGAUAAACAAGCUAACCAACCACGGUUCUCAAGAAGAUCUUCUCAAUAUCUUCAAACUAGACGCCUUUAUUCGACUAGACAACUUCUUUAUCUCGCCCUUCUCACUACUUAGCAUUAAACGCGGUCUCCGCAACAAGCUAAUUGGCUGGAAGUUCUCAGAAGCCGGCUGGUGUUUCUACUUUCAAGAUGGCAUUGAAAUCUUCUUCCACGGCAAGUUCACCAGUCUUAUUAAAGACAAGAAAGUCGUCCACAUCAAAAUAGACACCCACCGUAUCGAAUGCAAAUCCAAACCCCACUAUGAAAUUCUCCUCCGUUACUUCAAAUGUCUAGACACAUUCUACUUCAUGGUCACUGAAGUGGAUACAUCCUUCCACCUCCUCACCAACCCACUCGCCGCCAAUGUUCUCUGGCCCAAUGAGUAA